AUGGCAACCGAUUUCGACGCCGCCAAGGCGUACCUGAUGCAGGCCCAGGGCGCCGCUGGUGUGAGCGUGUAUGACCAUCUCUCAGACGUCCUUUCAAAGCUUUUGAGUGAGAAGCCCGAAAAUGCAGUCGAGCUGCUCGAGAACAUUAGCUAUGAACUCAAGGCUGACCGCUUUGCGGCCGAGUCAAACAUUCGUGAGCAGCCCGAGACCGCCGACGGUGUCAUCCUCGCUCAGGCUCAAGAGAAGAUGCUCAAGCACGAGACCGAGGUCCCCGAGGAGGACGAGGCCACUGAAGAGCUCGUGCCCAACGUUCCCCAGCUUGCAGAGUACUUUGAGGGCGCCGACAUUGGCCUCGGUCGUGAAGAGUCCUUUCGCAUCUUUCUCGCACUCAAAAAGCUCACCGAAGAUCAGCCGCUCAAGACCGUCUCUUUCUGGGGAAAAGUCUUUGGCCUCGAGGGUAACUACUUGAUUGCGGAAGCCGAGUUUCGCGAGGGUGAAGAGCCCCAGCCAGUGGAAGAAGAAGGUGGAGAUGAGCUCAAUGGCGAGGACAACGAAGAAGCUCUGGACGAGGAAGAACAGGACCCACGCGAUAAGCUGCCCAAAAACAAAUACCGGCCUCCUCCCAUCAUCCCCGCAGAAGAGUAUGGGAGCGGUGUCAACAAGAAGGUGUACUUUGUCUGUGACGAACCUGGCAAGCCAUGGGUUAUGCUCCCGCAUGCCACCCCACAGCAGCUCGUAGUGGCCCGCCAGAUUCGCAAGCUGUUCACUGGCCGUCUGGAUGCCGCCGUCGUGUCAUAUCCACCUUUUCCUGGAACCGAAGCUGAACUUCUUCGAGCCCAGAUUGCCCGCAUCUCGGCCGGCACCCAUGUCAGCCCCCUGGGACUCUAUACCUUUGAUGAGAUGGAGGAUGAUGAUGACGAAGAGGCCCGUGACAAGUACGUGCUCGCUGACGACUUUGAGGGCAAGCCCCUCAGCGAGCUCCUCGUGCCCGACCUCUCCGGCUGGGUACACCAUGGCCAGUACAUCCUGCCUCAGGGACGCUGCAAGUGGAUCAACCCCGGCAUCAAGGGGGAUGAGGAUGAGGAUCAAGAGGACGAUGAAGAGGAAGAGGAAGAGGAGGAGAUUGAGGCCGAGGAAGGCGCGCCGCUGUUGACGCCCCUGCAAAACGACGAGGACGUCGAUGGCCACCCAGCUUGGUCGGUGCGCUUGACCAACACAGCUCACACGGCAUAUGCAGCGGUGUGCAUUUCUUCCAACCGCUGGCCCGGUGCCCACGCUUUUGCCGUCAACACCACUUUUGCCAACGUGUACAUUGGCUGGGGCACCAAGUACAGCAGCGAGCCUUUCAGCCCGGCCCUGCCUCCAAUGGUGCAGCAAGAAUAUGGCCUGGAGGACAUCUUUGAGAGCAACGACCCCACUCGACAAGAAGAAGAAGACUUUGAGGCCAUGGAAGCGCAAGAUGACGAGCGGGAUAUGGGCUCGGAAGAUGACGAUGAGGAGUAGAGCCUUGCUGCCCUGGCACACCCCUUUUUGUUCUAUCUACUUUCUUGUGAACAACCCUUAAGCAAACCUGUAUCGUUUUUUCCCCUCCUCUCAAUCCUCUUCUCUCCUUCUUUCUCUUUUCUCUCCGGUUUAUGUUUUUUGAUGGGUAGGCCCAGAGUCUGGGCUUGCCUGCCGCUCGACGAGUGGGAAAUGGCGCGCACCUAGUGCGCGAUUAUGUGCUUUUCAUUGUCAAUCAUAUGCCUCAUCG